UGAUAUAAAAUCGCUUCCGUGCUCUCCGGAGGUAAACAUUUCAUAUUAUCACGAUGUGGCGGCUGGAAGGCUUGCUGUCGCGGAUGGGCCGCCUGCCGCUCCUGUUGCUUGUGUACACCUAUCUGUGGUCUUUCGGAGAUUGCCUCUUCGUGACUGAUUAUUUCACCAGGACACCGCGCAAGCUGAACGCCUUCCGCUCCUUCGCCAGUGUGGAGCUGUUCCACUUCAACGUGCCUGAGGACACCGUGGUGGCCGUCUGGAACCUCAUUACCUUCAAGGAGCAAGGGGGCACGUUCGGAGACAGCUGUCCUGACCGCAAUGUGACUGUUUACUUCCGAUCUGGAGCGCCACCAGUGAUAAACCCGCUACAGACAAGGUUCCCUCGUGACACCAUCGUGCCCAGCUCCUUUGCAGUCACCCUGACGUGGACGCUGCCGAACCGCACCACGGGGGUCUUCAACGUGACCAGCCCUCUGCCUGGGGACUGGUUCUUGGCGGCCCAUUUGCCGAAGGAUGAAGGGAAGAUCUCUGUCAAGGGUUUGCACGAGGAAUGCCAGUACCUUUUCCAGCCACAACUCAUUGUCCAGAGGCUUAUCGGCAUCUCGGUGCUGUACCCUGGCUACUUCAUCGACCAGAUGAUCCCUAUUCACAACAGAUCGGUCCUCUACAAAGUCUUCAUACCCAACUACAUAUCCCGGGUGAAGGUGCAGCUAGUGGACUGCAACACUCGCAAUCGGAGUGCUGAGAGCUGCCCCGUGGUCCUGAAGAUUCGCUCGAGGGCCCCGCCGGUGCACAACUCCAGCGCCCUGGACUGCCGUGAGUGGAGCCCGUGCGAGCUGGAGACCACGGUGCCCUCCUGGGAGCACUGGUACUACAUCCUGGUUGAGCGCUACCUGAGCACGGCAGACGUGUACUUCCGCAUCGGUGUUCAGGUGACAGAUUGCUCCAAGCCCACUGCUUCAAAGGGUCCAGGCUCGUCCGCCAUGAAUAUGCCCCAGUCCUUUGGCAGCGCCACGGGUUUCUCCCUGUCCGAGACACUGCCCGCUGCCAUGCUGCCCAGCCUCUCACACAACGCCUCGGACAGUCGGCCCGGCCCGGGCACAGGCUCCGCCUCUGCCGCCGCGCUCGCUUCCGCCGAGGGCAUCGUCUACCUGCCGCCGACCAUCGACGCCAACAAGUGCUGGCCCGUGCGGCCAACACUGCGCAACGAGCUGGACACCUUCUCCGUGCACUUCUACAUCUUCUUCGGGCCCAACAUCUCAGUGCCGCCCGACCGGGCAGCUGUGUUCGCCAUCAAUCUCAUGCCAGUGUUGGACAGCGGGGGAGUCCUGAACAUGGAGCUCAAACUUAACGUGUCUUCGGCAAAGGGGGAGAACCUGACGGUGUUCGGAUGCCUCAACCACGGGAUGCCGCUCUCGCUGCCCGACAACUCCUCUGCCAAGUGUGAAGCGGAGUCGGUGACAGGGUUUCUUCUCACCGUAAAUACCACCUCCAACGUCACCAAGUUGAGGAUCCCAUACCCGCAGACGGGCACCUGGUAUCUGAGCCUGCGCUCGCUCUGUGCCACCGACCAGGGGUUUGAGGUGUGCAGCAAUGUGACGGUGGAAGUCUACCUGCGCUCCUACUUGACGCCAUGUAUCAACGACUGCGGAACAUACGGCCAGUGCAAGCUGCUUCGCACCAACAACUACCUGUAUGCAGCAUGCGAGUGCAAAGCAGGCUGGGAUGGCUGGGGCUGCACGGACAACACAGAGGCGUACUCCUACGGCUUCCAGCUCCUCUCCACUCUGCUGCUGUGCCUGAGCAACCUGAUGUUCGUCCCCCCGGUGGCCAUCGCCGUUCGCAGCCACUACCUCCUGGAGGCCUCCGUCUACAUCUUCACUAUGUUCUUCUCCACGUUUUAUCAUGCCUGUGACCAGCCAGGUAUUGUUGUGUUCUGCAUCAUGGAGUAUGACGUGCUGCAGUUCUGCGACUUCCUGGGCUCCCUCAUGUCGGUGUGGGUCACGGUCAUCGCCAUGGCGCGCCUCAAGUCCAUUAUCAAGCAGGUGCUGUACUUGCUGGGGGCCAUGUCUCUCUCCAUGGCACUGCAGUUGGACCGCCACGGCCUGUGGAAUCUGCUGGGGCCCAGUCUGUUUGCCCUGGGGAUCAUGGCCGUUGCCUGGACGGUCCGCACCAUCCGCCGCCGCCGCUGCUACCCACCCACCUGGAAGCGCUGGGUGUUCUUCCUGUUCCCGGGCACCAUGAUCGCCACGUCGGCGGUGGCCCUCUAUGCCUUCGUGGAGACCGAGGAGAACUACUUCUACAUCCACAGCAUCUGGCACAUGCUCAUCGCCGGCAGCGUGGGAUUCCUGCUGCCACCACGCGCCAAGCCCGACGCCAAAGUCACGCCCAUGAAGCGCCGCCGGGGAUGUGGCUACCAGCUGUGCGUCAACGAGCACGAGGAGAUGGGCCUGGUGGACCCAGCCAUCAUCUCCAUCAACAGCAUAUGCACGAGCUGAUAGGUCAGCUCACUGCCCACCUCAUUUGCCAUAGCCACAGGACCAUUUGCCUUCAGUUUCAUUUGGAACAGAUAUGUAAAACAAUGACAACACCAACAACAGGGAAAACAACAACAACAGCAGCAACAACAACAACAAACAACAGCAACACCUUAUUGGAAACAAGCCAGAGAACUUGAAAUACGUUGUAAAUAUACGGGCAAAAAAAAGUGAAACAAACAAAGACACAAAACCAUCCCACGCAUAUAACACUUUCACUUUGAGUUUUGGUUCUCUUCACUUGAUGAAUUAUCGGUACCGUUCGACUUGCGCUCAUUAUUGUUGGUCUUGCUCUGAGUUUGUGGCUGUGCGGUGAGACGCUGUACUGUCGUUUGUGGACACUGUACUUUCUAAAGUCAAACAAGCCUGAAACAAGCACUGCUGCUACUGGAUGGUGACUACUAUAAAGUGUGUCAUGUAAUUUAUUUAUUGAUCCAUUGGAUUUACAAACCAAAUGUUUUUUUUGUUUGUUUGUUUGUUUGUGUUCAGGUAAGGAUGACAGAAGGACUCACUUUAAAAUACAGAAGCACGGCUUCUUUUUAAUAUAGAUUUCUCUUUCUUUUUUAAUUUUUAAAAUUCAUCUUUUGCACUGAGACACAACUAUGUGAUAUUGUACAUUUUUAUAAAUACAAGUAUAGAUAUGAAUAAGCGUUACCCAUGUGUAAAUGUAUAGUUGUUUUUUCUGUGGAAUGUCCGACUGUACUUUGGAUUGCAUUGUAUUGCCUUUUGAAGAAUUGUUGAUCGUUCAUAGGCCAAGCAGAGGUGGAAGUAGAGGGAAGUAGUUGCCAAGCAUUGGAGUCAUGGAAGCCUCAGUUGAUGACCUUGUACUUCAAGAUGGAUUUGCCAAUAGUCAUAUCAGGAGAGGAGUUUUAAGUAAAAGCAACCAGUAAAAAAAAAAUAAACAUUUUAUUUUUUAUGUAAGAAAUUGCUUUGUUCUUCAUUCUUUUCCUUAAAUUCUCUCAUGUAGUGAUGUUCCAGUCUCAGUGGGCUUCUCUGGUCACCUGCCUCCCAGCACUUAGUUUGUGCUUUUCCGUAUAGUGCAGGUGGAAAAUGACAGUGGAGAAUACAUCACUCCCACAGCACCUCUUGCUGCAUGCAAUAUUGCUUCCCACAAGUCAUCACUCUAGUCCACAGUCUUGCACAUCACAACACAACAGCCCCACUGGACUAUCAAAACACCUCACUAAAAAAACCUUAUUCCAUCAUGCAGUCUCACUAGCUAUUGGGAUAGUACAGUUUAUUGCAGUGUCUGGAACAUACAGUAGAAUCUCAAAGACACGGGGGAUGUAUCCAAGGUUAUUUCUAGGUUCUGUUCCUGUUUCGCAGAAUCCCAGGCCCAUCCAUUCCCGGUGCAAAGACGCGGGACACUGACACGGUGGUGCUAAUGUGUGAGCUAACUAACCCUGACACGGUGACACCGGCCAUUCUUCACAUCCACUGAUGUGCAGACAGCAGCUAGGCCUCCACUGCACAGAUAUUAAAGGGGAAAGUCAAGCCAAACAUAAUUUUGCUGAUCCUUCUGUUUUACGACUUUGGAAUCUUUGCUGUAUUUCUUUUUUUUUUGCUGGCUGGCUUUGAGCAGGCAACACAAUUUAUGUUUUAUGGGUUAAGGGGAGUGCUCUCUCCAACAGUAUCAGACAGUGAAUGUAUUUCUAAAUAUGUGGAGAUGGACGAGAAUGAAAAUGGUGCUUUAUUGAAAUUAUGUUUUUGUUGAACACCACACUGUUCAACAUUAUGUUGUUAAUGUCGAACAAUGCAGCGAUACCAUAUCGCUGCAUUGUCAAACAUGUUCAACAUGUAAAUCCCUGGUCCACCAAUGUUAUUCCUCUAUAAUCCCAACAACCAUACAUUUUUUGCAUUCAUGACGUAAGACAUAAGACUUUCCAUGAACCCUGUGUAAACCACUUUAUAUAGCCAUUAACUCUCAUUGGCUUGAUUAAGUACUGUAGUCCCACCUCCAGUUUUGCCAGUGCCUGCAGGGGUGAAUACAUAACACUGUGAGCACAUUCAAUGGCCCAGAAAAGGACCUCAUGCUGGUCCGCUCUCACUGAGAUCAUUGUCACGGAGAUGUAGCCUACAUGGAGAAGGGAGCCUUGAGUGGCUUCUGAGUGGGGUAGAAAUGGCUGGGAGUCGUGCUGUGACACAGCAGAAGAAUGAGCGCCACCGCUGUAGCGUGUUAUCCCAUACAUGCAUUUCAUGUCACAUCCACUCGAUGACGGGUGCCGAAGAGCUGCUCUCUCCCUUUGAUCCGCAAUCAUACGCAGACACAGGGCACGCAGAGUGUGUUCAAUUGUGCUCUUGGGACAACAGCCAAAUACACCCUCUCAAGCACAUGUUCUCACACACACUGUACAUAAGUGCACACAAUUACCCCAUGCACUCAUUCAUACAAACUUGAAUAAAGUAUUUUUUCUGGAAGCUUGUAGGCUCCUAACAUAAGCCUGUGAUAUCUUAGUGCUUUGUGGCAACCAGGCAUAAAAAACAACUUCUAUCACUUAUCCCCUUUCGACCGGAUUUUUUUGUACCUGAGCAAAAUACCCACUGAUAUUCUUCUUCAA